AUGCAAGGUAGAGUUAAUGGCAAUCUCAAUCUCACUCGUGCGAUUGGGGAUUUGAGUUACAAACAAGAUCAUAACUUGAAACCUGAGGAGCAAAUGAUCACUGCUAACCCUGAUGUGUCUACUAUACCCAUAACAGAUGAGGAUCAGUUCUUGGUACUUGGUUGUGAUGGUAUCUGGGAAAUUCUGGAUAUAGAUGGGGUUGUCGAAUAUGUCCGACCGUUGGUACGGAGGGCUAGGGUUCUUCGGAAGGAAGGCCAUGUUGAUGAUGAGGACUCCAAACUGAGCACAGUUACUUCUCAGCUGUUGGACGCGGUGUUAAGCCCCAAUGUAUCUAAUAGUUACGGACUCGGUUGUGAUAACAUGAGCUGUAUAAUUGUUGAUCUACGCCCUACUGACCCAGACUCCCUUCCUGAUACCGCAUUGCCGGAGCCUGGCCCUGCAAUGGUAGCAGUUUAUGAGGAGCCGGAGAGCAACCUCGGCGAUCUUCCAGAUGAGGAGACACGCGAGGGCUAUCAUUCAAGCGAUUGUAUAAUAACAGAAGAGCUGGGCGAAGCGAAGGCGGUUGCUGAGGUCAUCUCGAAGACUUCGUCAUAG